CAUAAAACAAGGUGCAUUAAUGUGCGACCCUCAUAUGAUUUUUGUCUCAAAAUAUAUAAAUUGUUUUUAUUCAUUUAUAUUUAUAUUUAUAUUUAUAUUUUUGUCAUUACAUUGUAAAGGCCAAAAACUCGAAACACUGCAAAAUCUGCCCAUACCCUCAACAUUUAUGUCUCUGGGCUUUAGGUUGUGCCAUUGUUCAGUCACCAAACUCAAAACACUAAUUCAUUAUCUAAAUUUAUUACCAACCUGCACCAAACAAACACCCCCUUAUCUCUUACAACUUUAUAAACCCCAGCAAUAAUAUUUAUUCUCUUAUUAAAAAAAUACCCGAAAACAUGCCUAAAUUGCUAGUGGAAUUUCUUCAAGAGCAACAAGAACCAUUUGCCUUGGAUAAUUACCUUCUCGAAAGAGGCUACUCCAAAGGUAGUACAACAAGUUCCACUCUUCGAAAUUCGGCUCGAUUCUUGAAGAAAUCGGCCAGCCUUGGCCUAAGGAAGAGACGGGAAAUCGUUCCGAAAUGCUCGGAAUUCGUUAGAGCGGUGUGCGGCAGGUUCGUAGUGUUGCACAACCUUGCUACUAAUCAUAACAUCAAGAAUCGUGGAAAUAACGGAGGUCGAAGAAAUAGUAACACUCGUGAAAAACAACAUGCAAAUGAAGAGGAUAAAUAUUACUUAUCAUCAACCAGCGGCACUACCGUGUUCGAUUCUUGCUCGGAGAGCGAUGUCGGAGACGAUGCACAAUGUUCUCAAAUAGAGGUUGAUGCUGAGAGAAAGUUGAAAUGGAGAUUUAUGGAAGAUUGUAAUAAAAAACUCUGUCCUGUCUCAAUUCUUCAAGAAACAAAAGAGGGCUCACCAUUUCAUGACGAAGGGGAAUCUUCAACUACCUCGUUUUCGCAAAUCAAGUCAAAGCGGACGGCGACACAAUAUUAUUACACUAGUGUCGAAGAAGAGUUGCAAGAACUCGCGGAUGUUUCGAGUUCUUACAGCCAGUUCAUUAUAAACAAGAGGGCCUUGCAGCAAAAUAAGCAGCUCUUGAUUGAUUGUGUGAGAGAAGUAAUAAAAAAAUAUCGGAAAAACGACGGGAAAAUAUUCGGAACCGACGAGCUAUGGAAACUCGUGUGCGAAAAUGUGUGGAUUUGGAGCAAAGAUUCAAUCGAUGAAAACAGCAUUAUCCAUUUGCUGAGAUAUGAUUUUAUGGAAUCUUCUUUACAUGCUGACUCUGAGCAACACAAAGAGGAUCUUUCCAUGCUGAUUGGAGAUGCUGUUUUGGAUUGUAUUAUCAAUGAGUUUAUUACAACCCUAGCUAAUUAAUCAAUAAUUAACUAAUUUAAUUUUUUUUUUUUUUUGAUUUGGGUUAUAUGAGAAAUUAAUUUGAAGGUUAACUGCUAUAGGAAUCAUUAAGUUUCACCAUUUAAUGUUCAUGCUAUAUAUAUGGUACAUAUAUUUGUUGAUAUGU